UUACCAGCUUCAGAUGGAUGUAAACAUCCAGCCCAUCCUUUAGGACAGAGUCCUGAGAUUGGUAAUCCUAUGAGUCUUGCUCACUCUGGCUCUGCUUCAGUCUGCCCUAUCAAGCCCAGUGACCCUGACAGCAUCGAACCUGAAGCUGUGAAGGCUUUGAAGGCUUCAGCUGAAUUCUAGAUAACCUCUGAAAAGAAAGAACAUCUUCCUCUCCAGGAUCUUCCUGAUAGUGCUUCUUCAGCAGACCACAGUCCAGUUCCGCCUUUGCAGAAUUCCUCCGAAGAAGCCAUUGUUACUGAUAACAUGGAGAAAUCUGCUGAAAGAAGCACCCAGGGCCCAAGAUCUCAUCUCCACACAAGACAGCAAGGUAGUGUACCUGUCACAACCACUAGGGUGCAAGAACAACCAGAGCUUCUAGGUGGGAAGGGUCGGCAUCCAGAUAAUCAGAACCUGCCUCAGGUGAGUGGCCUUCGGAGGCACAAGGAACCAGGGAAUGAACAGCACAGGGUUAGACAACCAAAUGCUCUAAAUGACCAAGAACAUCUCUGCAACAUAGAGGACUCUGAGCUUUUUGGAGAAAGGCAACAGAAUCAGCAAAGAAGUGUUGAUUUGGAAACGGCAGUGAAAGGAGACAGGCUACAACAGAAUGUGGACCUUUCGGGUACAGAAGAAAAUACUCAACCUUCAGGGUGCUUUGGCUGCUCGAAUUCAGAAACACUUAAGGAAGUAGAUACAGUUGAAGAAUCCCUCAUUGCUCUGUGUAAUUCCGCAUAUGGUCAGCAGGCAAGUGUCAGGGACAUUGGGGCAUCUUCUCUCAGCUUUGAUAAUCCCUUGAUGGAAGUGGAACCAUCAAAAUGUAACCCUUUGUCUGAAAUUUUGAGUAAUUCCAUUUGCACUCAGGAUUUACAGCUCCCAGACAGUAACAUUGAAAUGUCUGGAACAGGUAAAGAAGAUGGGGAUUGCUCCCCCUCCUUAAGUCUUUGUGGCAGUUGUCAGCCCUCUGUGGAGUCAGCAGAGGAAUCCUGCUCAUCUCUAACAGUAGCCUUGAAGGAACUCCAUGAACUUCUGGUCAUUAGUAAUAAACAAUCUUCAGAAAAUACAUCUGGGGAAGUUAUCUGUCAGUCUGAAAUGGUAACCAAGAGCCAAACAGUUAUUAAGGACCUUUCUGAAAUAUGGACCCAAAGUGAGCAUCUUACAGUUACCCAGAAUGAAGAGAGUUCACAAGUCAACUUUCAUCACACCAUAUCUGUAUCGGUGAGGGCAGAGAAGUUACCAGAUGCUUCAGAUGGUGCUGGAGUAGAUGCCAUUGAAAGUAGUACCAUUGGGGAUCCGGGCAAUGGCCUACUAAUGGAUAAGAAAAGUGACCCUGAGUCUAGGGAAUCCAGAAGGGAGAGCAGCUCUGCCACUCUGGCCUCCACUAAAACGUCUGAUCAGUCACACUGCACCUUAGGUGUGGACAUUCCCCCCAAACUCGUAGCAGGCGAGGAGGAUGCAGUCAGUCACACUUGUGAGCAAACGAAGUAUGAAACCAGUUUCAUAAUGGUUGAAGAUUUGGGUCAGGGCACACAGAAGCCAAUGCCAGACAGGCCAGAGACCAGAGAAGUUGUCUGUCCCAGAGCUGCAGAGUCAAGUCUUGAGUUUGAACCACCUCCUGGCCAGCCAUCAGCAAGUCCCUCCAUUCUUUCACCAUUAAUUUUUCCCGCCACAGACAUUGACCGCAUUCUCCGUGCCAGCUUCACUUUGCAGGAAGCUCUUGGGGCUUUGCAUCGAGUUGGUGCAAAUGCAGAUCUUGCACUUCUUGUUUUGCUAGCAAAGAACACUGUAGUUCCUACAUAA